CAAAAACGAGCGCUUCCCCGUAGCGCGCAACGCGCCGGCGACCAAGAAAAUUGACGCAAAUAUUCAGUUAGCUUAAUUUUUUUUUGUAUAAUCUUUUUUUUAAUAAAUCUUUGCAACCAUUGGAUUCGCGAAUGGUAGACUAAAAACAUUAAAGAUAAUUCGCACGUGAGAAUGGGGAGGUGCAAAGUAGCUACGCAAAUUUUAGCAGCUCUGCUGUUGCUGCAAUGCGCUCGAGUGCACGCAGAAAUUUUGACGCCGCCGUACUUCAACUUGGCCGAGGGUAAGGAGAUCUUUGCCACAGCAACCUGUGGUGUCGAUACCCCCGAACCCGAGUUGUACUGUCAGCUCGUUGGUGCCAACUCCGACCAGGAACCCAAUCACCAUGAAAACAUUAUUCAGGGACAGCAAUGCGACUACUGUGAUCCAAACGACGAAGAAAAGAAACAUCCUGCGGAGUAUGCUGUUGAUGGCUUGCCGACUUGGUGGCAAUCGCCACCUCUCUCAAGAGGCAAAAGAUACGAGGAGGUCAACCUCACCAUUAAUCUUGGACAGGAAUUUCACGUUGCCUACGUUUACAUACGCAUGGGCAAUUCCCCUCGGCCGGAUUUAUGGAUUCUGGAAAAGUCGAAAGACUUUGGUAAAACUUGGUCACCGUGGCAAUACUUUUCCGGCUCCGAUAGCGAUUGUCAGACAUACUUUGGCAUCAACAGUCACGCUCCGAUAAGCCGCGAUGAUUCCGUCAUCUGCACCACAGAAUACUCCAAGAUCGUGCCGCUCGAGGGAGGUGAGAUACCGGUAUCCAUUCUCAACAAUCGUCCCUCGGCCAAGCACUACUUCAACUCGACCAUCCUUCAAGAGUGGACCAGGGCUACGAACGUUAGAUUCCGUUUUUUGAAGACAAAAAAUCUUCUUGGCCAUCUAAUGUCGGUGAAACGUCAGGAUCCAACUGUUACCAGACGCUACUUCUACUCGAUCAAAGACAUCAGUAUCGGGGGUCGUUGCUUCUGUAACGGCCAUGCGGAUACCUGCGACUCGUUGAAUCCAGAAUCGCCCAAGGAACUAUUUUGUCGCUGUCAACAUAAUACUUGCGGAGCGCAGUGCGACACCUGCUGCAAGGGAUUCGAGCAGAAAAAGUGGCGACAGUCGACCUACUCAAAAAAAUUCGUCUGCGAGCCGUGCAAUUGCUUCGGCCAUUCGGACGAGUGCGAGUACGAUCCCGAAAUCGAUGAGAAACAUUUGUCCCUUGACAUGCACGGUAACUACGAGGGCGGUGGUAGAUGCAAGAACUGUAAACACAACACCGAGGGCAUCAAUUGCAACCGCUGCAAACCCAAGUUUUAUCGACCUCAUGACAAAGCUAUCAACGCCACCGACGUCUGUCAGCCUUGUAACUGUAACUUCUCAAACUCGACCGGUAACUGCUUCGAUGGAGACGGCAAAUGCGAGUGCUCCAAGGAGUACACAGCUCCCAACUGUGAUUCCUGCAGCUACGGUUACUACGGCUUCCCCAACUGCCGACCCUGCGAUUGCGUUCUCAACGCUACCGAUGGGGAUCAAUGUGAAGCUAUUAACGGCGUGUGCUCUUGCAAAGAUAACUUCGCUGGCCAUUACUGUGACAUCUGCGCCGAAGAAUAUUAUGGCUUUCCCGAUUGUUUCGCUUGCGAGUGUAACCCAACUGGCUCGCUCAACAACGUUUGCGACGUCAUUUCCGGAAACUGCACGUGCAAAAACAAUUACGGCGGUCGCAAAUGCGACAUGUGCGAGGACGGAUAUUACAAUUAUCCUCAUUGCACGUAUUGCCAGUGCGACAAUCGUGGCACGGAACCAGGCGUGUGCGACAAAGGGACUGGCCAGUGUCUUUGCAAGGAAGGCUACGGCGGACCCCGCUGCGACCAAUGUCUUCCAGGCUACUUCGGCUUCCCCAAUUGCGAACCGUGCAACUGCAGCAAGAGCGGCUCCACGGCGACGAGCUGCGACGCCACUGGAAAGUGCUCUUGUCUGUCGAAUUUCGUUGGCAAGACCUGCAACCAAUGCGCUCCGGGCUACUAUAAUUAUCCCGACUGUACCAGCUGCAACUGCGACAGCCACGGAUCGAUCGGUGUCUCCUGCGAUCACGAGGGCAAGUGUAACUGUCGUGAAAAUUUCGACGGCGAUCGCUGCGACAUGUGCAAAGAAAAUUACUACAAUUUUCCAACGUGCGAGGGAUGCAACUGCGAUCCUGCCGGUAUCGCUGGUACCUUCCAAGGCUGCGGUAGUUUACCCGUUGGCGAACUUUGCCAGUGCAAAGAACGGGUCGAAGGCCGAAUUUGCAACAAGUGCAAAAAGCUCUUCUGGAACCUACAAUCCAGCAAUCCCGAUGGUUGCGAAGAAUGUUUCUGCAGUAUACCCGGUGUUAUUGGAAGCAUCGGCGAAUGCGAUGGUAAAACUGGUCACUGUAUUUGUAAGCCAUCGGUAACCGGUAGGGACUGUACCAUGUGCGUUGACGGCACUUACAACCUUCAAGAAACAAAUCUCUUUGGAUGCACUGAUUGUGCCUGCGACAUCGGAGGUUCCCUCUCGAAAACCUGUAACAAACAAAACGGUCAGUGUCAAUGUCGCCAUCGCAUCGAGGGCCGAACUUGCGACGAGCCGAUGCGCGCUCAUUACUUCCCGACGCUUCAUCAGUUCCAAUAUGAAGCCGAAGAGGGCCGUACGCCCAACAAUCGAUCGGUUCGUUACAAGUUCGACGAGGAUCUUUUCCCAGGCUUCAGCUGGCAGGGAUAUGCCGUGUUUUCGUCGCUGCAAAAUAAAAUCAUCCACGAGAUCGACAUCCAAAAGUCGUCGCUAUACCGCAUGGUCUUGCGAUACGUUAAUCCGAAUAGCGAACCGAUUCUUGGAUCUGUCACCAUCACUCCGGACAGUCACACCGAAGCUGAGCAACACUUCGAGGUUCAGUUCAAACCAACUGGAAAAAAUCCGACCUUCGUCACGGUCGCUGGUGCCCAAGGCCUUCUUGCAUCGGUCAUGGUUAUGAAUCCAGGCCACUGGGCCGUAACGAUCGGUAUCGAGAAAAAUCUCUUCCUCGACUACUUCGUUCUCUUGCCAGCCGAGUAUUACGAAGCCAGCAUUCUGACGGAAGAAGUUAGCACGCCCUGCGUCAUCGGUUACAAAGGGCUCUGCCGCCAGUACGCUUACCCGAGUCUCCAGCCGUUCGACGUGGUACUCGGCACGAGCGGCUUCACCGGCACCGACAGCAACCGGUAUCCCCUCACGGAAUAUCUCACCGAGCCAGCGGUACUCGACGAAAUCGACGAGACCAAGAUGCCACUGGUCAACGACCGUCAGAACAAGAUCAACUUCGAACUACCCAUCAAUAAGCCAGGAGCCCACGUGAUAGUUGUCACUUACGUCACGCCGCCUCCAGAAAUUUCAGCGGUUCAGAACGUCGUGAUCAAGGCCGACAGCGGAGAGCAGGGUAAAGCGACGCUCUAUCCGUGCCCCUACACCAGCGUCUGUCGUCAAGUAGUCGUCGAGGACAACGGAAAGAUAGCCGAGAUGUACUUCCCGAGCAAUUUCGUUAAUAUCGUGCUCGAGGCCGAGCCAAACGCCAACGUGGCGAUCAAAUCGAUCGUCGCCGUUCCAGCGCAAGACUGGUCCAUCGAUUAUCUCAAUCCAAAAUCCGUUUGCGUGCGCAAAGAAGGCAGUUGCAUCGGCGGAGUGUUUCCCGAAGCUCCGGAUGCCAAAAAAGUUGAGUUGGAGCUGAAUAAUCAAUUACUCGAAGUUCCCGUCGUGCCAGAGGGCAUUUACGACAACAGCUCCAAGUUCAUUUAUCUGAACGGGCGGGACUCUUCGGUGGACGUGCCUGCCAAGGUGCAACAGCCAGGCGAGUACGUGUUCGUUAUCAAGUACUAUCAACCGGACUAUCCUGAAUUCGACAUCGACGUUAUCGUCCAGAAUGGCAAAGUUUACGAAGCCAAGAUACCGAUGACCCAUUGCCCGAGCAACGCCGGCUGCCGCAGCCUCAUGCGCCAGCCCGACGGCACCAAAAACUUCCAAUUGACCGACAACUUCGUUAUAACCCUCAAGGACAACUCCGACCGAGGCAUUUAUCUCGACUACAUCUUAGUGAUUCCAGCAGACCUCUACAGCGAUGAAUAUCUCAGAAAGAAGCAAUUCGAUCAAACCAAGGAAUUCAUCAAGCGCUGCGGUAACAAUAACUUCCACAUCAAUACCACUGAGGAAGGCUUCUGUCGCGACUCUGUUUUCUCGCUUACGGCCAACUUCAACGACGGCGCCCUGUCUUGCAACUGUGACAUCGAUGGCACCAUCAGCUUCGAGUGCGAAAAGUUCGGAGGUCAAUGUCCUUGCAAACCCAACAUUAUCGGGCGAAGGUGCAACGUUUGUAAAACGGGCUUCUUCGGUUUUCCAAAUUGCCGGCCUUGCAAUUGUCCCAGCACAGCUCUGUGCGAUCCCGACAACGGAUCCUGCAUCUGUCCUUCGAACGUCAUAGGUGCCCUCUGCGACCAGUGCAAGCCUGGCACCUACGGUUACGAUCCGGUCAUCGGUUGCGAGGAGUGCCAGUGCGAUUAUCACGGCGUUCAGGACGGCGACCUUCAGUGCGACCUGCUCACCGGUAACUGCAAAUGCAAGGAGAACGUCGUCAACAGGCAGUGCAACAGAUGCAAAGCCGGACACCACUCGUUCCCGUACUGCGACCAGUGCAGCUGCGACGUAGCAGGCACCAGAGCCGACAUUUGCGAUCAAGCCACGGCCGAAUGUAUUUGCAAGGACAACGUGCAGGGGGCCGAUUGCAGUCAGUGCAAAGACGGCAUGUUCAACUUGCAGGCGAGCAACGAGCAAGGCUGCACCCAGUGCUUCUGCUUCGGCAAGACCACCAGAUGUACUUCGUCCAGUCUCAUUCGCUCGCACUUGAUGGAAAUGAGCGGCUGGGAAGUUGUGCUCGUCAACGAGCGCAAUGAGAACGUCGAAAUUCUCGAACUCCUGCCUCAGGAACUCAACGACACCCACAUCCUCGUAGAUAUGGCGGGUGGCAUCGAUGAGAAACAAAUUAUUUAUUUCUCCGCUCCACCAGCUUACUUGAAUAAAAAGCUCGUCUCCUACGGCGGCUGGUUCAACUACACGAUUUACUACACGACUGGAUUGUUUGGCCAAGCUGUGCCCGGUGGUGAUGUCAUUCUCCAAGGCGCUGACAACUUUUUGAUCUACAGAGGAGACGAGCAACCACCUUCUCUAACUAAUUUCCAAGCAUCGGUCAGAUUGGAGGAAUCGAACUUCGUGACAAAGCAGGGCCGACGAGCCACACGCGAAGCCAUCAUGUCCACGCUCAAAGAUCUUCGCGGAAUAUACAUUCGGGCUACUUACUGGCAGCCGUCUUUAACUGUAUCACUAUCGCAUGUAUCUAUCGAUGUAACAACUGACGAAUGGACAGACAAUGCAGAAAUAGCCAGCAGCGUGGAACACUGCCAGUGCCCUCCAAAUUACAAAGGAUUCUCGUGCGAGGAGUGCGCCAAAGGCUACUACAGAGUUAAAGGUUCCUGCGUCAAGUGUCAGUGCAAUGGACAUGCUGACGAGUGCGACGUCAAUACCGGAAUUUGCAUAGAUUGUAAAAAUGGAACAACCGGUGACCAUUGUGAGAUGUGUCAAGAAGGAUAUUACGGAGAUGCCACGAUCGGCACACCGUCGGAUUGUUUGAUCUGCGCCUGUCCUCUGCCAAUUGCUUCGAAUAACUUUGCCAAAGGCUGCGAAGUUAGCGAGGACGGAAGCAAAAUCAGUUGCAGUUGCCUUCCCGGGUACUAUGGAGCUCGCUGCGAAUCUUGCGCUGCUGGAUAUUACGGACAGCCAGAGAACGUCGGUGAUUACUGCAAGCCUUGCGAGUGUUCGGGUAACAUCGACACCAACGAGAUCGGCUCCUGCGAUUCCGUCAGUGGCGAGUGUCUGCACUGCUUAAACAACACAUACGGAACUGCGUGCAAUCUAUGCAAGCCUGGAUACUUUGGCGAUGCCAUCGAGCGCAAGGACUGCAAGAGUUGCUCCUGCGACCAAUGCGGAAUGAAGAGCUGUGACAACCAGAACGGCAUUUGCCAAUGUCAUGACAACGUGAUCGGCGAAGAAUGCAACAGAUGCGCUCCCGAUCACUAUGGUUUCAAAUCCUGCCAAGGCUGCCGACCCUGCGAAUGCGGCAUCGCUUCCGAAAGCAGUCAAUGCGACGACGACACUGGUAAAUGUGUUUGUAAACCCGGCGUUGAAGGACGAACUUGCGACCAGUGCAUGGCCGGAUAUUGGAACUAUGGUCCCGAGGGAUGCAUCCCUUGCGGUUGCAUUACUAAAUACUCACGUGGUGCCUCCUGUAAUCCUGUCACUGGGCAGUGCGUAUGUUUGCCUGGAGUGCUGGGCGAAAAGUGCGAUAAUUGUCCACAUCGUACAGUCCUAGACCCACGUAGAGGUUGCCAAACUUGCGACAAAUGUAUUCACGAUUUGCUUGACGUUACUGACGAACUAAAGGAAAAACUUGACCCCGUUGCCGACAGUUUCCAGAACGUAGCUGACAGUUACUUCACGAAUCAGCGACUUGACUUCAUUAAUGAAACGGUUAAUGAGUUGGGACCCGAAGUUAAAUUACUCGAUCCUCGACGCGUCAACUUAGAUCCUGAAAAAAACACGAUCGGUCAAUUGAACAAUAAGGUGUUUUCGCUAAAGCGUGACAUUGAAUAUCAAGAACAAAACAGUCACGCCUGGAAAACCCAAGCUGAAGACAGUCUUAAAGACACAUACGAUCUUGAACACUCAAUCAUCAAAGAGAUCGAUCUUGUGAAUACCAUCAUAAGCGAGGUUCAGUCACUCGCUCAAAAUACCGAGCAAGGACAUGGACCGAAAACAGAAAGUGCUUUGAAGGAGUCUCAAGACCUUCUCACGAAGAUCAAACAAGUGUCGUUCAUCGAGGAUCGAGACAAAGCAACGGAUCAAGUUACCCAAGCAAAUAUUUUGAAUUCAGAAAUGAUAGCUUACGAAGAACCCGUCAAAGACUUGGAGGAUCAAACGAAUCAAGUCAUUGAUGACGUGCAUGAACUUGAAUUCAAAAUCGAUGAUAUGUACAACUUGACGCACCAAGCCGAUGAGCUGGCUAAUGCUGCCGAAAGGAUCAAUUUUGAAAAUAAGAAGACACUUGAUUCCAACAGUUUGGCUUCUCUAAAAGACAUUUCAGACCACACAAAUAACGAUAUUGUCAAAGGUGAUGAAUUGAUUAAAGAAGCAAGCAGCUUGGUGGCUGAAGCUGAAUACAAAUUUAUCAAUGCCAAUUCGUCCAUGAAACCUGGCGACAAGCCCGAGUUGAGUGAGCAACUCGAUAAUCUCAUCAAAGAAAAUGAAGAUAUGCUUGUCAAUCAUCUCCGUGAAGACGUACCGAAAGCAAGAAAACAUGCUCAGGAAAUGAAUGAAAAGUCAAUUCAAAUCGAGGAUCUCUUUACGAAUACUCGCAAUUUGACAGGUGUCAGAGCUGCAUCAGCCUACCAAGACAUCGUGAACAGUAUCGAAGGCGCAAGAAACUUUGCUGAAGAUGCUCUGAGAUCAGUCGAAAGCGCUACUACUAUGGCUGUUGGGCUUGAUGUUAACAGCAACCAAACUGAAAUGAGAAGCAAAGACUUGUGGAAAUCAGCAGUUGGGGCAUUCAAUGAAACUCAACGAAAAUUAAAACCUGAUCUUGAAAACGCCAGGAACUUACACAUGCAAGAGAUAGCCAUGUUGAACGAGAAAAACAAUGGCAGUCUCGACAAAAUUCUAAAAUCAUUAAACAGCAUAUCAGUUCAAUCUUCCAUGAUAGCACAAGAAUCUUUGAACAAUGCCGACAAAGCCGAGUUUGGAAUUGGGGACGCAAUGGUCAUUGCUUCUAAUAAUCAUAUCGACCAAAUUCCCGAUGACGUUAAAAAAAUCAAAUCUUUAGCUAAGGUUUUGUCGGACGCCAAUCGCAACAUUUCUCAAGCUACUCAUCAAGUCGAUACCUUUAAAAACUUCCAGCCUAAAAUCGAAGGCAAAUUAGUCGAAUUGAACGAAAAGCAGCAGUUAAAUAAUCACAGUGGAAAUCAUUUGCACGAUAAAAUCGAAGAUCUCAAGCGCAAAAUCUCCAAUGCCCGAGAUUUAGCUAAUAGAAUAAGAAUAGGUUUGACGUUCGUUCCAAAUACCAUGUUGGAGCUACAGAAUCCAGAAAGCUUGGCUAUGCAAACAACAGCGACAAAAAUCUCGCUCUACUUCCGCACACCGAGAACCAACGGAUUCCUCUUGUAUCUCGGAAAUGAAAAUAGACCGACCUCAUUAAGAGGAAAAACGCAUGACUUCAUGGCUCUCUCAAUCGAAGGUGGAUAUCCAGUUUUGACUCUUGAUUUGGGUUCGGGAACUCAGAGAAUUAAUCAUAAUAAAUACGUUUCUGACAACGAAUGGCGACAAUUAGUUGUGGAAAAGACUGGCCGCAACAUCAAACUUAUCGUGCGCGAAGAAAUGGCCGACGGGCAACCGCAAGAUUAUGUAAUCGAGCAGUCACUACCUGGCUCGCAUUCAAUAUUCAACUUGGAUCAAGAAAAAUCAAAACUCUUCGUCGGAAGCAUCCCGGAUUCCUUCCAGGUUCAAGAGACCCUCGAUCUCUAUCCGUUCGACGGUGAAAUGGAAGAUCUAAUGAUCGGUGACGCACCAGUAUCAUUCUGGAACUUUAUCAAAGCAGAGAAUAACUGGAAACCGGCUUACGAGCGUACAAAGCUCAUCAAUAUGCAACCACCAACUGGCUAUAGAUUUGAUCGCGGAGGCUACGCCCUGUUAAGCAAAAAGAGUUUGCAGCUUCCAGCCGAUCAAAAGCGAUUCCGAGUACAGUUCAAGUUCAAAACAUAUGUGAACAAUGGUUUAAUGUACUUGAUGGGCGGAAAAAAACAUUUCUUAGCUGUUGAGCUGAGAGACGGCCACGUUCUAUACCAAUUUGACUUAGGUGACGGUGAAUUAGUUAUGUCUUCACCUAAAAAAUACAACGACGGAGAGUGGCAUACGGUUGAAGUAUUGAGGCUCGAAAGAAUCGGUGUUCUCAAAAUCGAUGGAGAACAGAUAAGCCAGCUAGAAGCUCCUGGCGAAAGUAAAAACCUCGUUUCCAACGACUAUGUGUACUUCGGCGGUCAUCUGCCAACGUCGCCACACCCGUACAAGACCGUAACCCAAAUUGGAUUCGAAGGUUGUAUCGAUGAGGUUUCGAUGCAAGAGAUAGUGGUAGAUAUAACGAAAAAUUUACAGGCCUACGGCGUUGUUGCCGGUUGCCCUAUCAAGUUUGCAAGUUUAGUAUCCUUCCAUGCCGCAAAUCCGGGUUACGUGAAAUGGGACAAAGUUAUAGUUCCCGAUGCCCUGCAAAUAAAUCUGAAAUUCAGAACGCGAUCAGAGAACGGAGUUAUUUACCAUUUGACGAACUCCGACGGAACUCCAGCCAACACCUUAACUCUGGAGGAUGGACAACUAGUACUUAUAAGUCAGGGCGAGAAACUACAGACGAAUACUCCCGAAAUCAAAUUCAAUGACAACGAGUGGCACGUCGUCACAGCCACCCACAACGGUUCGACGCUCAGAUUGGACAUAGACGACACGGAGGAAGAGAUGCUUGAUAACGUAGAUAUUCCACGACAGAUCAACGACGGAGUCUUAUACGUCGGUAACGUGCCUGAUAACGUUAAGAACGGAUUGUCGUUCGAGCCAUUCGUUGGUUGUAUCGGAGACACGACUUUAAAUGGUGUCAUCGUCAACUUCGCCAAUUCUACGGAAAGACCUCACGCACACUUAGCCCAAUGCCCAAAACCAGAUCAAACUUUGAUAAUAGAUGAGGGAUCGCCAUCAAUGACGUUACCACCACCCCCACCAGAACCAACUGGAGAGGAUGAUAAUGUAGUCUUCCCUGGUCAAGAUGAUAAUGAGGAUAAAGAAUUCAAUCCUCGAUUUGGUGAAACGACGGAUUCACCUUCUUCGCAGAGUCCAGAACCACAAACGUCGCCCGUACCCGUUUGGACUACAACGUUACAAUCUCCAACAUCGGAAGAACCUUUGACAGUCGAUGGCUGCAGAUUACCUCAGUUCCCAUUGGAGGAUCCUGAUCAGCAGGCUGAACGCGCUUGGAGAUUUGGUACCAAACCAGAGAGUCGCUUUGAAUUCAGCGCUCUUGGAGGGCGUUACAAGGACAGCUUUGCUUUCCAAAUUGACAUCAAAACGCUGGCGAACGAAGGUGUCGUAUUCUUUGGGGCCGAUUUCAACAAGCGCGAUCUCAUCGCCUUAUUCAUCAAAGACGGCUUAGUGCACUUUACGUUUGACUGUGGUAGCGGUCCAGCCGAACUGAUCAGUGAACAAAAAAUCAAUGACAAUCAUUGGCACGCGAUUUACUUCAAACGCGAAGGAACUCGAGGAGAAUUGAUCGUCGACCAAAAUGAGCCGGUGACCCAAUAUUCCCAGGGCACCACAAAGAGUAUCAGCGUCGAGCCGCCGUUCUUCCUUGGAGGAUUACAUCCAAGCUUCAGUAAUAAAGCCACCGAAGCCAUUGGCGUAAAUCAAACCUUCAGCGGUUGCAUCCGAAACUUCAUGCUGAAUGGACAGUACGUUACGGGACCAUCGGUGGUACUUGGAGUUAUUCCUUGUUCAAAGAGAGUCGAGCCUGGAAUGUUCUUUUACCCUGGAAACGGUAGCAAUUAUUUCAAAGCAGAGGACAAAUUCAGUGUCGGAAAGAACAUGCAAAUUCAAAUGGACAUCAAGCCAAGAUCAGCGUCCGGUCUAUUGCUUGCGAUUCACGGAAAGAACGAUUAUUUAGUUUUAGAAAUGGUAAAUGGCACGAUCAAGUUCUUAGUUAAGGCUGCCAAAGGACAAAUCGAAACAUCUUAUGAAGCAGCUAGUCCUAACGCUUUAUGCGAUGGCAAUUGGCACGUCGUUCGAGCUGUGAAACAAAAGAACGUAGUGAUUUUAUCCGUUGAUCAUCAAAACUCGUCACCUGGAAUUGGUAAUAAAAAUCUCAUGGGCAUGCCUUCAAAAAAUGCAAUCUACAUUGGCGGUCAUCCUAAUCUGGAAGCAGGCAAACCACUGAAAGGCAGUGUUUCGAGAGCCCAAUAUGUCGGUUGCAUCAACAACUUGACCAUUAGAAAUGUUCCUUAUGCACUGGAUGCUUCUCGCAUUCAUGGAAACGUUAUUGCUAACGUGUGCCCAACAACGUAAAAAUGUAACUUUUAAAAAUCUCAUGAUUCAU